ACUCCGCCCGUGCUCCGUCCUUCGCUCCNAGUUCCGUCAGGCACUGUGAGGGGUCAGCGUGAGGUCGUUGGGUUAGGAACGCGGCGGCGGCGGCUCCUCCUCCAAGAUCUGAGCAGGGUGCCAGAACAGGAUGUACACGCUGCUUUCGGGGUUGUACAAGUACAUGUUCCAGAAGGAUGAAUACUGCAUCCUGAUCCUGGGCCUGGACAAUGCUGGGAAGACGACCUUCCUGGAACAGUCAAAAACACGCUUUAACAAGAACUACAAGGGGAUGAGUCUAUCCAAAAUCACCACUACCGUGGGUCUAAACAUUGGCACUGUGGACGUGGGAAAGGCUCGACUCAUGUUUUGGGACUUAGGUGGGCAAGAAGAGCUGCAGUCUUUGUGGGACAAGUACUAUGCAGAGUGCCAUGGUGUCAUCUAUGUAAUUGAUUCCACUGAUGAAGAAAGGCUGUCAGAAUCAAAAGAGGCAUUUGAGAAGGUGGUUUCGAGUGAAGCACUGGACGGUGUUCCCAUCCUGGUGUUGGCCAACAAGCAGGAUGUGGAGACUUGCCUCUCCAUUCCUGACAUCAAGACUGCAUUCAGUGACUGUACCUGUAAGAUUGGCCGGCGAGAUUGUCUGACCCAGGCCUGCUCUGCCCUCACAGGCAAAGGAGUUCGAGAGGGCAUCGAAUGGAUGGUGAAGUGUGUCGUGCGNAAUGUUCACCGGCCACCACGGCAGAGGGACAUCACAUAAGCACCUCCAACCUCAGUCUUGGACUAUUCGUCUCCUAGUGUUGGAAGAGUAUUCUCUGCUGGCUUCUAUCCUACUGACACUGGGGGUUGAGCUGACUUUGUCUGUUCAUUCUUUUAUUUGCUUUAUGUUUUCUCUAAGACAAACUUUUCUCUGUGUCUGGAAAA